AAGUAUGCUAAUUACCACAGUGAUUAUUAUCCGCGGGAGCGCGCGUACACAUGCGCGCUCUCGUCCGGCGGCUGCAGCGGAAGGUUUUCUCUGAGGCGCGCGCACCGAUGUGAUGGCGACCGCACGUCUCCGGUAUUCUCCGCAUUUGUCCAUUGAUUGUGAACAAAUAAGCUAAAUAAUUAAGAAAUGGCAGGCCAUCGGGGAUCAGUGUUCCUCCGCUACUCCUUUCCGGUUCUGCUGCUUCUAAGCAGAGCUUUACCGAACCGGACCAGCAGCAUCCGUGAUGCCCAAUACAGUAAUAAUGACACCAAUAAAGACUCCAAGCGGAUACCAAAGCUACAGGACAACAGCACUACUGUAAGAUGGUGGCGUACUUUGGGUGAAGUCGGGCCGCUGUGUGCAUACCGCACUCUUGAGGAAGGUGACCCAGGGCGUUUGUGUUUCCGGUAUACGCGACCGGACUUCCGGUGCACAGGCGCUACCUGUCGACAGGUGAGCUCACCUGACCGGCAGCUAACGGCGAAUAUCCUGUCCAACGGAAGUGUGUUCGUUCAGUGGACGGCUCAGGCUAGCCCCACUCACGGGCCUGCGGGCGGCUUCCGGCUCAGUUGCUGGUGGAACGGCAGCUACACGCAGUUCGAAUGCGCCGGCGUGCAUUUAGGCAGCAGCUGCCGCGAUUAUUUACUCACCGAGCUGCACGCUAACGUGCCGUACCGCCUCUGCGUGCGGCCCUACGCCCUCGACCGGGCCGAAGCCUGCGUGGAGUUCAGCCUCGAGCCCAGUGGGAUGCAGGACAUCGUUAUCGCCAUGACAACAGUGGGCGGAGCCAUCUGCGUGAUGCUGGUCAUCAUUUGCCUGUUGGUGGCGUACAUCACCGAAAACAUCAUGAACCCGACGGCGCAGCACACGCUCACGGCGCAGCACUCGCACAGAUCGCACCUGCACACACACCUGUGAAGAGAAACAUCGUUAUCGUCAUCGCGCAAACACACACCUUACAGCUCAGGAUCGGAAACGAAAUGCAGAAUUCAUGUAGAAAGAGACGCAGUUCCACAGAGCUCUACUUACACACAGGCUGUGUUCGGAAUGGAGGACUUACCUACUAUUGACUGAGUAAUGCGCGGUAUACACCGCUAACUGUGUACGUUUAUUCUUAAAUAGUACGCAACAGUACACCGUCCACCCAGCUAACAAAUUUAUGUCUAAAAUAAGGUUGUGGGAACAGUGAUCUGCAAAGUUUCUAAUGUGUUAGAAUGUUAUUUAAAGGGUUACGAUAAUGUUACUAUAAUAACGUUUACUUGUAAAAUUCGUUAAUAUUAAGCAAAUAUCAAAAAUAUCACAGCAAUGUUAAAAAAUGUCAUUCUAAGGAUGUUUUCUCUCAACGUUAUGAGAAUGUUCAUCGAGUAAAAACAACAUCAUAAUGAUGUUCCAAGAGCUUUGAAAAAACAAAGCAUAGAACGUUGUACUUCAACAUGUACGUAACCUUCACCAAACCUUAUUUUGCAUGUUUUAGUGUAAUUUAAAAUUUUGCCAGAUCAAUCAAAUAAUGAGUUGAGAAAGAAAUUGUAUUGUUCACUACUCAAAUUGUGAGGUGAAGUCAAACGCAGUGCAUUGUGGGGUACAGUACACUUCAGCAAAAGUAGAAAUAAUGCUGUUUCCGAACAUAGCCACACUAUACGACAAGCUUUUUUUCCUGUGUUUAUGUGUGUUUUCAUCUAUAGUCUCGUUUAAUAAUCGCGUUUACCAAAAAACUGUGCACUCACUGAUAUUUAGACUGAUAGCUGUCUAUAUUUGUUUUAGAAAUGCAACUCAAUAAGUGGGUAACUGCUUUGUGUGCGGUAAAUUAUGAAGUUUCAGUGAUUGACUGUAGUGGAAGAAAAGCUGUAGUUUUGUACUCUAAUGUUCCCAAUAAUUUACAGUAUGCCUUAACUUUACACAACUCUUUAAUUCUGAGUUAGUGAUGUGAGUUUGUAAUGUUCACGAAACAAGGACCCUGACUGGCUGAACAGUCGUUUCAAUACUGUGCUUUCUCUCUGUAAUACAAAACUUUUGUGUCAAUAAAUGAGGGGUGAAUUUAA